AUGGAAACGGUUUUACAAAACUUGGGGUCGAUCCCCUGCCUGCAUGGCGACAGGUGCACUGAUUCCAAGUGUCUCUUUCAGCACAGCUGGAACAAGAAGCCGGAGGCUCCGGCAUCGGCCAAACACGAUGGUCCAGACGAAGAUGACAAUCCGCGAAAGCGUCGCAAGUUGUCAUCAGAGCCUACUCAGAGCACAGCAUCAACAACGGCAGAACCAUCGAAGCCCGUAUCGGAACCUGUGACGGCGAAGAAACCCGUGUCGCCCCCACCAUUGGGCCGAAAGCCAACUGUUUUAUCUGUCCAGUCAACUCCAUCAGCAGCUCCCGCAACCCCAGCAAGCAAGCCGGCAGCUACUUCAUCACAAACCAGUCCAGACCCCGAGAAGAGUUCCGAGAAGAAGGUUCCUAUCCGCAAGUUACAGCCUGCUCGGAAGGUCGAGACACUCAAUCCUCGCAUGCUCAAGGGUGUUGCGCCUGCUACAUUCGAGUUCCGGUUCAAAGCUCUGACCAUGCUACACGAUCAAUUUGCUCGUCUGAACAAAGAGAUGGAAAAGGCGGCUAGCGAAGAUCAGGAGAGCAAGAAGUUGGUUCUUACUCCGCAAGAGCUAAUUUGGCUUUCUCUGGACUUGGAGGAGAAGAUCGCGAUGGACAAGCCGUCCAUCUAUAACAAUGUCAUUAAGAACCGCAUCAUGGGCUACAAGAAGAUGACGCCCAAGCAAUGGUUGGAAGAGCGCCUUGCCGAGAUCAAGAAGGAGGAGGAACGCAAAGCCGCUGCGACCCAAGCAAACUCGAAGAAACAGGCCCUCCUCGGUCCUCCCAAGGAAAUCAAGACAGGUCUGACGCCAAAAGAGGAGAUCGCCUUCCUACCACAUAUACUCACGUCCAUCACCGAACUCGCCCAGCACGGCUACGUCCCUGAACCACCAUCGGAAGAGGAAAUUAAGAAGGCACGCGAGGGCAUCGAGGCAGCCAUGGGCUGGGAAGUCUGCGACCGCUGCACCAAGCGUUUCCAAGUCUUCCCCGGCCGUCGCGAAGAAGACGGCGCUCUCACCACCGGCGGUCCCUGCACCUACCACUGGGGCCGUCUCCUCUACCCCGAGCGCGAUCCAACCAGUACCGUCCAGCAAGAAAGGACCUACAAGUGCUGCAAGCAGCUAGCCGGCGACUCAACCGGGUGUACGAGCUGCAGCACCCACGUCUUCACCAUCAAGUCUCCGGCCCGGUUAGCCACUAUCGUGCCCUUCAUGGAAACCCCCGAGAACCCAUCCGUACCCAAGGACCGCGCCGUUUGCUUCGACUGCGAGAUGUGCUACACGGUCAACGGUCUCGAACUGGUCCGCUUGACGGCAGUCGACUGGCCGGACGGCAAAGAACUCCUUGACAUCCUCGUCCGGCCCAUGGGUGAGAUCCUCGAUCUCAACUCUCGCUUCUCAGGCGUCUGGCCGGAAGAUCUCAUCAACGCCGAGCCAUGGAAGCCCGUCGCUCCUCUUGACCCCGUCACCGACACCGAGUCAUCCGCCAAAACCCCAACUACCACUACCACGAACCCGCCAGAACCAGGCCAGCGCAAAAAGAUGCAAAUCGUCCCCUCCCUCUCCGUCGCUCGCGACCUUUUGUUCUCUCUCAUAUCCCCCACCACGCCGCUCAUAGGCCACGGUCUAGAAAACGAUCUCAACGCCAUGCGCAUCUGCCACCCCACGCUCAUCGACACCGUUCUCCUUUUCCCACAUCAAAAGAAGCCUUUGCCGUACCGGUACGGACUAAAGAUGUUGAUGGAAUGGCACCUCAAUAAAGCCAUCCAGAUCGAGCCUGAUGUUGAUGAUGUCCAGGGUGGAAAGUUACUGGGGCACGAUUCCGCCGAGGACGCGAGGGCGGCGGGAGAGUUGGUGAGAUAUAAGAUCCAGAAUGAGUGGGCCAAGAGGAAGAGGGAGGGGUGGACUUUGAAGAAGGGGGUGUUUGUGCCGCCAAAGGACAAGAAGGGGGCGGCAGCUGGUGGGAGUAAUGGGAAGAAGUUGACGGUUGAAGGGAUUGAAGGAUCAGCGGCAGCAGCGGGGUCGACUGGUGCGAUGCUGGCGGAGGUUAGGAGGCAGACGAGGGAUGGGACGGAGGAUGGUGAGGUGGUUGAGGUUUAG